UAGGCAUGCAUAACUCAGGAAUCUGGUGCAUCUAGCUGCAGAAUCCUCGGCGGUGCAGGCUAUAAAAAACCGCAGCAAGAAAAACACAUAUCGAAGGGCACAGUUCUACUUAUCCAGAUAGUACUAAGCAACUAAGCAAAGGUCACAACAAGCUAGCUAGUAGAAAACUUGCCCGGAUCCGAGAGUUAGGAGCUAGAAACCAUGGCAGCCCCAGCCGUCGCAACGGAAAACCACUACUACAAGAUUCCCUUCAUAACCGGUCUCGUCAUCCUGGCCGUGCUGGCCUUGUUCCUCCUCCAUGUCCUGGGCUCCUUGCGCCGGAUGUCGAGCCACAAGCUCCUCCACGGCCUCGUGUCGGGAGCCUACAUGCUCUCCUACGCUUUGGCCAGCUACACCCUGGGCCUAAUGCAGUUCUCCGAGUACUACGUCGACGAGUUCCCCGUCUGGGCUCUCUGCCUGCUCCUGCUCCUCGGCAGCACCGACAGCCUCACGGCGUGCAGCCUCAGCGACAUGGAGAACUGGAAGGGCGCCUACGUGAAUCACCUCCUCAAGGGAAUCGCGGUGAUGUACAUCAUCGUCUCCGUGGUGUACGUGAACACGGAUUCUGGAGCGGGCUACCUUCAGGCCCCGCUCUGGGCCAUCUUCUUCGCCAUCGUCCUCCAGUCGUACACUCGGCUCACCUCUAUGAGGAUGGCCAGCAAGGCGCACCUGCUUUGCCAGAAUGUCAAGCUCAUCGCAGACUACAUGAAGCACGAGCACAAUCUGCCGGUGCCGGGGCAGAAGCACGACCCAGUGACCAUGGAAGGCUACAGAUACGUUGUCGGGGGGGAGCGCAGGCAAAAGGAAAAGGAAAAUAGCAAUGGUGCGCGACCCGGGGCCCGGACGAGGACCGGGUACAGGAAGGAGGACUAUGAGAAGAUCACUACAGUGGAAGAGAUCUGGGAGUGCAAGGGGAGCCUAUUGCGCCCCGACGACUCCAAGAGGGGGCAGCGGCUCAAGGACCUCUGCCUCUCCAUGGCGCUGUCCAAGAUGCUGAACCGGAGGUUCGCUGGCUUCGAGCUCGCCGAGGCUAAGCUUGCAUUCAAGAAAACCCAUGACUUUGUGUUCGGUGUCGGUGGCCUGCUCGCCGGGGAGAAGGCGCCACACGAGCGAGCAUUCAGGAUCAUCGAGGAAGAGCUCGCUUUCGUCCAUGACUUGUACUACACAAGGUACCCUUACCUCUACCGCAAGAGCCGCAUCUUCGCGCUUGGCUUACCGGUCACCAUGGUUACGCUUUGCUCGUGGCUCACCUACGAGCUCUACGUGCAUUUCAAGCUUCUCCAGAAGACGAAAGCCACGCCCAACUCCAACACUUAUCUGCACACCACACUGGUGUUAAUGAUCGGAGUGACAUUCUUGGAGGGGUUCCAGCUGUACCUGCACAUGGCGUCAAGUUGGUUCAAGGUGGCCCUGAUCCGGAGCUACGUCACACGGAGGCAAGAAAAUAAUCCUCUAGGUCGACCGGGUCCUCAUCUUCCGGUGGCUGGACCCUCUGGGACGAAUGACACGUCGAAAACCAGAUCUGAAUCAUGGGAAGAAGGCCCUUUCUAUCAGAAAAUUGUUGGGCUCGUCUUGAGCUUGAAGGGGCUCCGGCCAUGGGAGCGCAAGAUUGGCCAGUACUCUCUCCUUGACAACUUCGAUGGCUCACGUCGCACAAGUACCUGUCUUCACCGUGUGACACUGUGCCUGCUGGACAAGGCCAAUAAGGGGUACAAGGGACAAAAGCGUGUUAGCCUGCCCGACGAAGUGAAGCAAGCAGUCAUUGCUUCUCUUGUCAAAAGCAAGGGUCACCUGAAGAACGGGGUAAAAUCGCUUGAGGAAAAUAACAUCCUUGAGAAAUUUCCAUGGGCGUGCAAGCUGGAUACCGAUGGAACGACGGCGACUCGCACCAUAUUGGUCUGGCACAUCGCUACAACCUUCUGCAAGCACCAACUUUCCCAAGACAUAGACAAGCAGCAGUUGUCCAAGCUCUCCAAAGAUGAGAGGACGGCAGUCGAGACGGCCUCCUUGGUGGCCAACAGAUUGUCAGACUACUGCGCGUACCUCGUUGCUUUCGAGCCGAACCUCUUGCCCGACCACAGCGCUGACUCGGCGUCGAUACUCCGGGAAACAAUCGCCGAAGCGCGCAGUUCUUCGCUCCAAGGAGCCAAGAAGAUGAAGGGCAAGUGUGAUGAACUUAUGAGCCUCGUCAAAGAUGCCGAUGCCGUUGCCAAUGCCGAUGCGUCCCUCGUCUUGCUGGGCGGUCGGCUAGGGAAGAAGCUGACGGAGGAAGAGCCGGCGCUGCGGUGGACGGUGCUGUCUGAAUUCUGGGCGGAGAUGAUGCUGUACGUGGCGCCGUGCGAGGACGCCCAGGCCCGGGCGCACCUGGAGGCCCUGGCGAGAGGAGGGGAGUUCAUCACGCACCUGUGGGCGCUGCUCACGCACGCCGGCGUGCUCAAGCGAGAGCAAGACCUAACGGGCGUGCUCAAGCGAGAGCGAGACCCAAUGGAUGCCGUCUGAUGGAUCCAAUCCGACCAAUUUCAUCGAUCAGCCAUGCCUUUUUAGACUAUUCUGCAUGCUAAGCUUUGUGUUUCUUUGUGUUUCUAUAGCUAGCUAGAGCUUAUUUGUUGCUUUUGUUUGCACUCUGGUAUGUCUGUUGCUCUCUGCCUUGGUCGAUCAGUUUGUUGAAAUUUCUGA